UCAGCAAUGUCGGCCUAGAAGCGUUACAACUGCCCCGCCGAAUCCAUCACCCUCUCCCCUCCCUGGGGACCGGUGUCGUGCCGACAGGACAGUCGACCUUGUCAGUUCCGCCAAAGGCACUUGGACCAGCCAACUGUCCCGUACGGUCUCGCCUACAAGCUUGUCACACCUUCCAUUCCGUGCGAUGGUUUUGCAGUGGCACGUGGGGUCGCCGGUCCUGCUGAAAGCUGUGCUGGCGAUAGGUGUAUGCUUCAUUCUCUACAUUAGCCAGCACCCCGCCCUCGACAGGUUCGAACAUCGGAUCUCGGUGCUCGAUCUCUCCCUGAAGCUUCCCAAGGGUGGGCUGAACUUUGGCAACAAGAGCGAUCACCAUGGCUUCUACUCCUCCGAGGCCGCCAGCCAGUUCUGCAAGCACCAUGGAUACCCCGUCUUCACGCCCCAGACGGAGUCCGGCCAGCGGAAAGUCUACGAUCUCUUCAUGGUGAACACGGAGCUUGACUGGAUGGAAAUCCGUCUCAACGCCACAUACAACUACGUCGAUUACUUCGUCAUCGUCGAGUCUCCCAAGACUUUCACUGGGAAGCCCAAGCCACUCACCAUUAAGGAAAACUGGGAGCGGUUCAAGCCGUACCACGACAAGCUCAUCUACCACGAGCUCGAGUUUCCCUCCACCUUCAACCCGCGUAGGUCGUGGGACUACGAGGACCUCCAACGGAACGCCAUGUACACCCAGGUCUUCCCCAAGCUCCUCGGCAGGCAGGCACCAGCAUACGGGGACGUCAUCAUCGUAGCAGACGUCGAUGAGAUUGCCCGCCCCGAGACGUUGCUGGUGCUGCGGACGUGCCAGUUUCCCCGCCGCCUCACCCUUCGCAGCCGGUUCUACUACUACAGCUUCCAGUUCCUUCAUAAGGGGCCAGAAUGGGAACAUCCGCAAGCGACCUUCUAUCAGGGCUCGCGCACGCUCCUGCCGGCGAACCUCCGGAUGGGUGACGGCGGAUUCAAGCCGCUUUACGAGCUCGAGAAGUCGGACCUGGGAAACGCAUGCUGGCACUGCUCGAGCUGUUUCGCAACGGUCGACGAAUUCCUCACCAAGAUGGCGUCUUUCUCACACGAGUGGAUGAACGGCGAAAGGUUUCGCGACAGAGACCGCAUCGCCGAGGCCAUCAGGAGCGGAAAGGACCUAUGGGGCCGCGACGUUGACCAGUUCGUGCGGCUGGAGAACAAUACGGAUAUGCCGAGCAUCUUGCUCGAGCAACCACAGAGGUUUGGCUACAUGGUGAAUCGGGAUGGACUUUCGGCCGGGUUCACCGACUAUCCAUGACUGGCUUGGGUGCAUCUUUGCUUUUCAUUUAAUUUUUUAAUGUUUUUUUUUGUUUUUCGUCUUGAAAUUUGCCCGAACCUUAUUCCUCCCACGUCUAGGGAGUGACCUAUCGGACUUUAUACCAAAAAGUGUGGAGAGCCAUGAGUGCCAUUCAGGCAGGCUCCCAAGCAAGGAGUUGGCGGUUGGACAUAACGAGAUUUGAUUGCGGGUGCGGAAGCACUACUAGGUAGUGGUUAGCAGAGGUGAAAUAGCACGCAUAAUUAACAGCUAGGCAAGUGUAAGUGUGUAUCUACCGUGUGUCCAACCAAGUUUCCUUCUCAAACAAAUGACGUUGAAGGGUCGACCGGUUUCUCUAUAUACAGACA